UCUCUUUUUUUUUUUUGGUCCCAUUUCUCUUCUCUGGGUCUCUGUGGCUCUGUCCCCGUCGCUCUUUGUCCUCCGGUCACAUAUUGCAACACUGGCUGUCAAAGACAGACGACCCAGGCCUGGCAUGCGUGUGUGUGCCAGUAGUGAGGAGGUAUGGCUCUAAGCUGGUGCUAUUAAUACCAGCUAAUGAACAUAAUCUGGAGGGUAGGUUAUCCUCUUACGUUUGUUGGCUGGACGACGAAGGGGAGGAGCAGGGAGCUGGUGAAAGACGAGGGAAAAGCUGUGCUGCACUUUCACACUGAGUUGUUUUCUCCACCAAGCUGCUGUUCCUUCACUCUCCCUCUGUUGAGAGAAUGGGAGAAACAGAAAGCUAAACAGUUGCCUUAAGUUUCGUUUCUCGGCCCCAGUCGAUAACCCUUCAUAUUCCCCUCUCUGUGUUGCACCAGAGGGCAGUGCUGUUAAAGGCGUCAGUGGGCUCAGGUGCACCAUAACACAGAGCAUACCUGUUGUCAGGUGUAGGAUUAAAACACAACUUGUGGAGUACACACACUGGAAGGGUCUCGUGCGUUCUCUGCAGUUAUGAACUCUCUACCAGCUUACUCCGGAGCUAGAAUAUCUGGAUGUUGGACUCUAAGAUCCGAUGGCAGUGGAGGUGGGGAGGGAUCCCUGGACCGGCUUCUCCCCUCGGUAAGCACGGGCCUUUCUCCCAGGAAGAGGACCACCAGCCAGUGCAAGUCUGAGCCGCCACUGCUGCGCACAUCCAAACGAACCAUCUACACCGCCGGGCGCCCCCCCUGGUACAACGAGCACGGGACACAGUCCAAAGAGGCCUUCGUCAUUGGUCUGUGCGGUGGCAGCGCUUCAGGAAAGACGACUGUUGCCAGGAAAAUCAUUGAAGCUUUAGAUGUUCCAUGGGUUGUAUUACUCUCCAUGGACUCUUUUUACAAGGUCCUGUCCCCAGAGGAGCAGACCCGGGCUGCCAGCAACGACUACAACUUCGACCACCCUGAUGCCUUCGAUUUUAAAUUGCUGACACAUACCCUGCGCAAGCUCAAACAGGGCAAGAGCGUAAAAAUCCCAGUGUACGACUUCACUACUCACGGAAGGCAGAAGGAUUGGAAAACCGUAUAUGGAGCCAGUGUCAUCAUCUUUGAGGGAAUCAUGGCAUUUGCAGAUAAAGAGCUUUUGCAGUUGCUGGACAUGAAGAUCUUUGUGGAAACGGACUCGGACAUCCGUUUGGUGCGCCGAUUGAGGAGAGACAUCACGGAAAGAGGCAGAGACAUCGAGGGCGUCAUCAAACAGUACAACAAGUUUGUGAAGCCGGCCUUCGAGCAGUACAUUGAGCCUACCAUGCGCCUGGCUGACAUCGUAGUGCCACGUGGUGGUGGCAACAUGGUAGCCAUUGAUUUGAUUGUGCAGCAUGUUCACAGUCAGCUGGAGGAGCGCGAGCUCAGCGUCAGGGCUCCAGCUCCUUGCUGGUCGGGAGAGAAAAGAGCAAAGCCAACCUCUUUCCUCUGCCUCUCUGCUGGCUGCUACAACACAUCACCAGGCGGCACUAUUAGGAAACUUCGCUGGGAUAUGGCAGCCCUGGCGUCUGCACACCAGGCCCAACCCCUCCCCCAGACCCUCAGCGUUCUGGAAAGCACACCCCAAGUCAGGGGCAUGCACACCAUCAUCAGAAACAAGGAAACCAGCCGCGAUGAGUUCAUCUUCUACUCCAAGAGGCUGAUGCGUCUGUUGAUCGAGCGAGCACUCUCCUUCCUCCCCUCACAGCUCCACGUAGUCCAGACCCCCCAAGGAGAGGAUUACGAAGGCAGGGCGUUCCACGGGAAGAGGAUCACAGGCGUGUCCAUCCUGCGAGCUGGGGAGACCAUGGAGCCAGCUCUCAGGGCCGUCUGUAAAGAUGUCCGCAUCGGAAAGAUCCUCAUCCAGACCAACCAGGACACAGGAGAACCCGAGCUGCAUUAUCUUCGUCUACCCAAAGACAUUGGGGAAGAUCAUGUGAUCCUGAUGGACUGCACUGUGUCAACGGGAGCCGCUGCCAUGAUGGCCGUACGGGUUCUGCUGGAUCACGACGUUCAGGAGGAGAAAAUCUUGCUGGUUUCUUUGCUCAUGGCUGAAAUGGGAGUCCACUCUGUGGCCUACGCGUUCCCACAGGUCAAGAUUAUCACCACAGCUGUGGACAAGAAGGUCAAUGACCUCUUUCACAUCAUACCCGGCAUAGGAAACUUCGGGGAUCGAUAUUUUGGAACAGAUGCACCGCCUGACUGGAGCGACGACGAAAUGGACGAGCCCAGUUACUGAUAUCUCUGCUAUAUCUUAGGAUAUAGGACUGUACCCCUCAGUGGACAAUGUGAGGACACACACAUGCCUCUGUCUGGCCACAGCGUGCAUCCUUCAGGGGCCAAAACGGCCAGACAAGCAGGACAACGCAGGACAGCUUAUAUAGAAUUUAAAUUUUAAAUUAUCCUAUUUUGUCAUUUCGGAAGAAGGGGAAGGAAUGUUACUGUUAUGAAGUCUGAAAUAUUUGUAUCUGCACAGUAUUUUCAAGGUUGUAAGAUUAUAUUUGAAUGUUUGAAUUGUGACAAUCGUUUAGAAAAUAUGCUGACGUGUCAACAAAAGAUUUAUCCAGCCUUAAGUCAUGUACUGUGGACGACACAACUGAAUGUCAAUUUGCACACAACGGGAGAGUACAGCAGUCAAGCUUUUAAGUUUUUUUUUAGUACCACAUGCCUUCUUCCUCUUAAGUUUAGCAAAAGUAAAAUCAGAACAUGAACUUGAGUUGCUCGACUUCCAUCGCCAUGAGCACUUUUUGAAGGACCAUUCAUCGGAAAAUGUGUGGGUGUGUGUCUCUUUUUUUUUUAGUGCUCUCGUUCAGCUUUUUCCUUCUCUGUGGAUGCUGACCUAACCAGCUUAAAAGGAUGUUGAAAACCACUUUUCAUUAUACGGCUUUAAGUAUGUGCUUGUGGUGUAUGUUUGCACUGAAUGUACUUCAUUUACAUAUUUUUACCAUGGAUGGGCCUGACCAGUCAGCAAGCAAGUCAUGCAUCUUUUUGUUGCUAUAAAAAUGGGUAAUCUGCUUUUAGUAAACACGGAAUAAUUAUUUUCUUCAGUCUCACUCUCCCCGAUCGAUGCCUCUGUUUUUCAUGCUGUAGAUGGGAUCUGUUGCUUAAGAGGGGCUGCAGAGCUGUGGGCUCCUGAAAUUUAAAAUAUCUACAGGUCAGGAACUUUUCCAGAUCGUGCCUGAAUUGUUUACGUGGUAGCUAUGUUGAAAAGAAUGAGAUCCAUCUGUUGAAGCGGCUGUCUCUUUAUUAUUGCCUGUUUCCUGUUUUUAAAAAGUGCCAACACUUUGCAGGACAUGAGGUUCAAUUUUAUAAUUAAUAAUUAUCUUACUGUACUUUGUAAUAAGGUACAUUAUUUGGAAAUUUAGUGUUUUGCAUAUUUUAAAAAAGAAUGAACCUCUGUCUUGUUGGCGACUUCUAAAAACCAGCCCGUCCCUGUCUUUCCGUUUAAUCUUCUCUUGUUAUACAGUGCAUUCUUUCUGCUGAUUACAGCUGUCUGAAAUCAGUUGAUUGUGUUUGCAGCCUCAGUGUUUAACUCUGUUGUUUUGGGUUUACCAGGUCUGCAUGUUUUAUAUUGUUUCAUUUUUUUUAUAUUUAAUAAAAAGUGCAAUAAAUAUAUGAAGUGGCA